AUGUCAGAAAAUAUUCCCAAUAGACUCUGGCUCAUGACUCCAGCGAGACGAUCGGCCCUGGAAACUUCCUGUCCCAACCUCUUGGCUGCCUUUGACGCGGGCUUCCUUCACAUCGCAACGAUACAUCACCAGAGCACUAGCGACCUGCAAGACUUGGUUCCUUAUACUGAAAACGGGAGUGAGACGAUCGCAAUUUUCCUUUACAAUCACGACGCCUACUUCAGCCAUGACACUGGUGACGCUAGUCUCAUGUUGGUGGCUGCCCCCGGCUUUAUGCUUCAUGCGACCAUAAGAGACGGCGCCAUACAUCCGCAACCACGGCUGGAUCCGAGUCUGUCGAUUGGGGCGGUUUGCAGGACGAUCGAUUUUGGUGACUGUGGCGCCGCCUGUGUGAUUGUGGAUAGGAAUGGUCUCAACGAACUCCCUUGUGAGCUGGUAGAGAUUGCGGUGUUGGAUUUGAGGCCCGGGGCACGAGGACGUACCUGGCGACGGGCUCUGGCUGCACGUCUGAGCUUGAGGGCACGAGGACGCACCAGGCGAGGAGGACGCACCAGGCGACGGACUCUGGCUGCACGUCUGAGCCGGCCAGCGUGA